CCCCUCGGCGGCUGCACUUCCUCGGGCUGUGCGGGCCAGCGCGGCCCGAACCUCCGCUGCGCGCUUGGUUCUCUGUCUUUAUGGUGCAGGAAUUGGCGCGUUCAGAUAAUAUUUGAUGAUGAGUGAUCUGUGUCUUCAAGAAUGCAAGUAACACUGUAUGUAGAGAGAGGAAAGAUCACCAGUGGCCACUUACGUGUAUAAACUGCCAGGACGUGUCCUUCAAGUUCUGGAAGAGAGUGUUCCAGUGCAUUUCACCAUCAUCUUCACAGGAUGGAAGCUAUCAGCUUGUCCUAUGGUGCUACUUGAUUUCAUUCAUGAGUUAUUCCACCAUGGGCAGGUUUAUUUUCUAGGAACCCAAGCUACUUUCAUAAUGAAAAGACAGAGAUGGAAAAGAGGGUGUCUGACUGCUGGACAAGUAGUUACCAGGAGUCAGUGACCUUUGAGGAUGUGGCUGUAGACUUCACCCAGGAGGAAUGGAUUUUAUUGGACACAAAACAACGGAACCUUUACAGAGAGGUGAUGCUGGAGAACUACCAGAAUCUGGCCACAUUAGGAUUGGUGAUGGCAGCUCUAAGGACAGUUGAAAAUAACAGAGAUCUGGAAUGUCAGCUCAUCAAAUCUAGAUACAGCUUUUGCUUGGAGGCUGAAGAGUUGAGAGUAGUCAAGAGAAGAGUUCACCAAGAAUGGGCUAUACAACUUAACACCAGAGAGACAAUGUUUCAGCGGGAUAUUUCCCAGUUAAAAAUGUCAAAUGAGAUACAACUGCCAAAUAGCCACAAUGGAAAGGAGCUCUGUGACAUUAAGCCACCUGGAGAAAUCAUCAAAGAACCUUCAUGCAGUCUGACACACAUAGGUAUUGAAAACACAGGGGACAUUUAUGAUUGUGUUCAGUAUGGACAGCUCUUUCCUGUUCGUCCUAAGGAGACUUCCUCUGCAGACACCGAUCCUGAAUUACGCCAGUAUGGAAAAGACUUCAGUAUGAUUACAAGUACAGCUUACCAGACAACAUGUGUACAAAACAAAUUCAUUGAAUCCAGUGAAUUUCAGCAAGUCUUUGAUAGUCAGUCAUCCCUUCAGAGGCCCGGGAGAAGUCACAGUGAAGACAAACUCUUUGAACCGGUACAGUGUGGUGAUACUUUUAGUCCAGCCUUGAGUCAUGCUGAGAGUGCUCAAACAUACACUGAAAAAAAAUCCUAUGAAUGUAAGGAAUGUGGGAAGAGUUUUAAAUAUUCUGCCAACCUUAAUAUUCAUAUGCGUACUCACACUGGCGAGAAACCUUACCAAUGUAAGGAAUGUGGGAAAGCCUUUUCUAGGUGUUAUCCACUAACUCAGCACUUAAAAACUCACACUGAAGAGAAGCCCUUUGAAUGUAAGGUUUGUGGAAAAUGCUUUAGAAAUUCCUCAUGUCUUAAUGAUCACUUUCGGGUUCACACUGGAAUAAAACCCUAUAAAUGUAAGGACUGUGGCAAAGCCUUUACCGGGCGUUCUGGCCUUAGUAAACAUUUACCAACACAUACUGGAGAGAAGCCUUACGAAUGUAAGGAGUGUGGGAAAGCCUUUACUUCCACCUCAGGCCUUAUUAAACAUAUGAAAAGUCACAUGGGAGAGAGACCCUUUGAAUGUGAUCACUGUGGCAAAGCCUUUGCGUCUUCCUCAACCCUUAUUACACAUUUGAGAACACACACUGGAGAGAAGCCCUUCGAGUGUCAAGUAUGUGGGAAGGCAUUCACAUGUUCUUCUUAUCUUCGCAUUCACAUGCGGACUCACACUGGAGAGAAGCCCUAUGUAUGUAAGGAGUGUGGCAGAGCCUUCACUGAGCGCACAAGCCUUACUAAACAUUUACGAACACACACUGGAGAAAAUCCCUUUGAGUGCAAUAUGUGUGGAAAAGCAUUUGCGUGUUCCUCCUACCUUCAUAAUCACAUACGGACUCACACGGGAGAGAAACCUUAUGUAUGUAAGGAAUGUGGAAAAGCCUUCACUGUUUCUUCACAUCUAAGUAAGCAUGUAAGAAUUCACACAGGAGAGAAACCCCAUAAGUGUGAGGAGUGUGGGAAAGCAUUCACUGUGCGCUCUGGCCUUACAAAACAUAUACGAACUCACACUGGGGAGAAGCCCUACAGUUGUAAAGAAUGUGGGAAAGCGUUCACUACAUCCUCAGGCCUCCUUGAACAUAAAAGAAGUCACACAGGAGAGAAGCCAUAUGAAUGUGACCAGUGUGGAAAGGCCUUUGCUUCUUCCUCCUAUCUUAUUGCACAUUUGAGAAUUCACACUGGAGAGAAGCCCUUUGAGUGUAAUGAGUGUGGGAAAGCUUUUACUUGUUCCUCCUACCUUCAUAUUCAUAUGCGGACUCACACUGGAGAGAAGCCCUAUGACUGUAAGGAGUGUGGGAAAACAUUUGCUGUUUACUCUCAUCUAAGUAAACAUGUAAGGAUUCACAGUGGAGAGAAAGCCUACACUUGUAAAAGCGAUGGAAUAGCCUUCCGUCGUUCUCAUCGUACAGAACACAUGAAAAGUCUUGAGAUAAAUUCUUUUGUUGGAGGGAAUGAAGAAUCUGCUUUAGGAAGUUCUAUUGCUUUAACGGUGCAUCCAAAUUCACAAUGGCAAGAAAGCUUAUCAGUGUAAGCCAUUUGUAAAGUGAUUAUUUAUAUCCUAGUUGUUGGUAUUCUGUCUAAACUACACCCCCACAGUGCCUGCCAGCAACCAGAUAUGCUCCUCCCCACAGUUACCUGGCAGCAACCAGGUAGGCUUGGCCCAGUAUAAAAGGAG